AUGGAUGACCAUGUGUGUAGAAUACUCCUUUCUGUAAGGAACUCGUUUUCCAAUAUAUUAGACAGUAAUGGAAACUAUCAAUUUACUAUGAAUGAAGGAAUUUUUAGUAAUUAUUGUACUAGUAACACAUGUAGUAGUAAUCUCGAAAAAAUUAAUGCUGGAUGUUUAUAUUUGUUUGAUGCAUUCUUUAAGGAUUCUUCUGUGUUUGAGUCUGUUGCAAAAAGUAACAUAAAUAUUGUUGAAUACAUUAUGAUAUGGUUAAGUUAUAUGCUAAACUUAAUCAAAAAUGAACAAGACAACAGUCUAGAAUAUUUUUAUAAUACAUAUAUAAAGGGUGACCAUAAUUAUAAAAAGUCUAUAGUGAAUACUACGGGGUAUAGUAAUUAUAAGGAACUUAUAGAAAAAAAAAAUCUGAUGAAUAUGAAUAUUAAAGAUAUAUCUAAAUUAUAUGAUGCAUUUACUAAAUUAUGUAUGAUGCAUCUUGAAUUUGAUAAGAAAAAUCCAAAUUGCGCGAAAUAUUUGAAAGAAGCUAAAGAAUUUGUUGAAAAAUAUAAAAAACUUAAGGACGAUUCUAAUAUUAAUGAAAAGAGUUCAUAUGCUCAACUAUUGUCUACUUUAUUAAAUGAUUAUAAUAAUUUUAUAAACAAAUGUAGUGGUGUUAAUUGUACAAAUCUUCCACCCCUUGUAACGAUAGAAGAAAUACAAAGUUCUGCACAAAGUUCUGGACAUAGUUCUGGACAUAAUUCUGUACAUAGUUCUGGACAUAAUUCUGUACAUAGUUCUGGACAUAGUUCUGGACAUAGUUCUGUACAUAAUUCUGGACAAAUUUCUGAACAAAUAUCUGGACAAAUUUCUGAAGAUCCAUCAAGUUCGUCGAUAGGAAACAAAUUGUUUACAGUUUUAUCGAUAUUUGGUGCAAUAGCAUUUUUUUUAGGAAUUUCUUAUAAGUAUUCGUUAUUUGGAUUUCGGAAACGAGCUCAAAAACAAUAUUUAAGAGAAAAAAUAAAAAAUAUAAAGAAGAGAAUGAAUCAUUAA